AUGGUGAUGUUCACCACCGCGUCGGACGCCAGGGCGUUGUGUCGCGCCAUCGCAGUGAAUGCGGCAGGGAAGAGCAGUUCUUUGAAAACCGCAACGACGGCCGAUAGCGCGAACGACCCCAAGUUACACAGUGGCUCCAAAGAGCCGUUGCAAGGGAGCGGACGCGAAAGGCAUCACUGUAGAUGGACGGUAAUACCUCUUCGCGAGCACGCUAACGGCGAAGCCAUGCCGUUGAAAUCUUCUCAGAAGAGUCAUCUCGAACCUCCAGACAGACGUGUUGCUGCUUUGCGUUUGCUGCGGCGGCUGCAGUGUGAGCUGAAGCAGCGCACAACGUUUCUAACUCCUCACCCUGACCCUUCUCCUCCUCCGACACCGACGCUACAGGAGACGGCGACAACAAAGGACAGCGCGGCAAUGGCAGGCAGUCACACGUCUGACCGAGAGGGCAGCAUGUUACGCUGUCGUCUCUCUACUGCGGUUUCAGACACAGAAGCAAUCACGUGCGAUCAGCCAGCUUUUGUGUGGUCUGAGACCAACUUUUCAGAUGGCACCGUCCGUUUUCUCAACGGUGCGACGCCGCUUUUCUUCUCAGAGCAAGAAAUCCGAUGGGAUGAGGGCGACGGUGCUGACGCUGCCCAAAAGCAGUCGUCUCGAAACACACAAGACGUCUCCUUCCUCUGCUUGGAUUUGGGGGGACUUUACACCGCAGCACCGCCGUCACCUUCUCCCUCUCCGCUACCACAUCGCAAGCAGGGCACCAAACGCACCCAACACACUUCGCCAGCUCCGUCAGGGCAGUGCGACACGACUCUCUCUCCGACACAAAAAUCACCGACGAGCGAAUCCAGCGAACAACAGGCAGACGGUUCAGCCACGGCGUCGCUGGUGACUCUGCUGCAGCAGCGUUUCUCGUAUGCGAGGGCAAGCUUUCCGUUUGACCAGAGUUCGGUGCAUGCGCUGACGUUGAAGGAGUUGUGGGUUGUGCCGCUUUCGGCAUGUGAGGUGUCGGCCUUUGCGCCCCAAAGCAGGUCACCUUUCGAUUACUUUCCCACCUUUGUGGUGGUAGAGGGUGAGUCGAGCCAAACCUCCAAGUCGUCCAUUUCCAGAUCAACCUCGACGCACGAAGCACCUUCGAUUUGCGUGCGCAUCGCCCAGCACACUCCAGAACUGCAACUCCAUCUCCCACAGCACCAAUAUAAAUCGAUGGCGGGUCAGCGCAAGCGCCGUCGAGGGGAGGGAGAGGCAGCUGUUGGCAGCAGAGCGCUACCACAAGACCCCGAUGACGCUCCUGUUCUACUUUGUGCUCCUGAAAAGACAAGACUCCGCUUUCGUGUCGUGGCGAGCGCCUUCUUGGCUCACAGCUGUUACUUCUCGCGAUGGUGCUGCGCCGAGGAUUUCGAUGUCACACACCUGUUCACAGGAGGCGGCCCAUACUGCGUCGAGUCGAAUAACCGUCUACGCGGUGCUGCAAGCGCUGCGUGCACUUCACGGCACCAAAGCUCCUUUCACGUCUUCUACACCGCAAUGCAGCACUCGAUGAACGCAGAGAACGCGUUCAUGAGAGAAGUCUGGACGGCGUUGUGGCGUACUGGCGACGCGAGUGCCACUGAAGCGGUCCCCGGAGCAGCCGUGCAGCUGACCGCAGAGGCGCUUCCGCGUGCACUACGAAGCAGCAAUGACCCCAUCGAUGCACGCAGCGCGGCGCAUGCGUCCGAUUUUGUACGCAGAAUCAAAGCCGCUGACGACCUCUUCGACGACACGGACGCGGCUGCACCGACGCUGGUGUUUGCCACGAGAGGCAAAGGGAGCAACGCUGUCCGACCACCCGUGUGGCCUGUAGAGGUUUUGUGGAAUUUGUGGACGCGGCUGGGAUGGACGCCGCCUCGGCUGUCAUCAUCUUUUCUGGUUCAGCUGUGCGGUGUCACCUCUGCCGCAGCCGCGGUGGACGACCAAAGUGGCGGGCCGCCACGCUGCAUGACGCCGGCGGAGUGGAGCGCAUUUGUGGGGCGCUGCACCGAAGUGCUGGAUGAACGAUACGUGCAGGAGACACUGGCAGGCCCGGAGGAGCGAAGCGCGCAUCGGGUGGCGCCGCUGUGCGGAAAGGACGGUGACGGAGAGAACGGCGAUGUGGAGGCCGAGCACGAUGACGGUUUUUCUCGAGCGUCGGAUGGGGAUCUCCUGUCGGAGCGGCGGACUCAGAUUUUGCAGAUGAAGCUGGAACGCCUCGACACGCUGCGCCACAUUUUCUCCAUGCGCUCUGCGUUGCUGAGUGAGAGAAGUCGACAAGGUCUGCCCAACCGGCGGUGCAAGGUGUACCUGGGAAACGACCACGUGGCGGUCCCUGAUGAAGUUGGAAGACUUUUUGCAGGACUUGAAGAGACGGCUGCCUCAGAUCGCCAAGGCGCAGACAAUCUGCCUUUGUACGUCGGACCAGCCGCGCAAGCGUUGGCGGCAGACAUCGCAGCCACAAUCCCUACCUCGGCAAAAACGCAUUCGCCAGCUCAUGAGAAAGGGCCAAUACCUACAACUUUCUCUUCCGCAUGGGCUUUUGGUGUUUUGGAGUCUCCGGCGUUCCCCUUACCGUCCUCCCUACCUGAUGUGGUCAGCAGCGCGUUGGAUGGUGCGACCCGCAUCAGGCCACCACUCCCUUCGCGAGACGCUUCGACGAACCCCUCUGCGUCUGCGAUGAACGAACUUCUGCGUCGGCGACCUUCUCAUACAUCUGACCAGACGCGGUCGUCGUUGCCAGGGGACCCAGACGAUGCUGUGUGUACUGAGUUGCUUUCCGCAGAGGAUGCGUAUUGUGAGGUGGUCGACAUUGCUGAGCUGCGUUGGCGAGCGCACCCCGGCGCCGUGCCAGAAGGGAUCACUCCUGGAAAGAUAUGCUGCCACACAACAAACGGUAACAAGGGCGACGGCGACGGCGCACGCUGUGCGUGUUGUUGCUCACUUGCGUGCCAGCACGCCGCAAUAGCAGCAGCCUCGCCGCAGUCUCGAGGAUUGUCGGGACAAGGCUUACAAACAUGCCUGCCAACAGCCCCGGGUGUGCACACGCUCACCGAUCCAACAGUGGUGUGGCUCUCGACAACUUUUGUGAACUUUCUCAAGAAGAAUGGCGUACCGGAGGCUGCCUCGCAACUCGGCACAGGAGAGAGCGGCCCAUCACUGCCUUUCUCUGCAGCAGACCAAGGAGAAGACGAAGAAACGAAUGCGUCCGAGAAGGUGAACGACCAAGAGGAGAAUGUAAAGGCAGCGUGGCCAACGGGAGAGACCUUGACUGCCCUACUCACGGACACCAUCGUGCGUGCUGUGCAGCAAAACAAGGCGGUGGUGCGGCGGCUCAUGCAGCUGGUGCACACGUACGAAAGCACCGCAUCUGCCGCCGCCGCCGGCAAGGCACGGUGUGCGCGCGGUGCGGGGGAGGAUGUCGACUCCGAUGGCCAUCCCGAUCGUGCCGACCCAGCCGCGGAGCCUGAACGUGGUGCGACACACAACGCCGCGCUCACGUGCGCCGUCUGGCGCUGUCUGUCAGCCGCGGAGGCGGUGGACACACGAGAUGAAGCAAACGCCUACGCCUCCUCUGCAAAACAGCUUGCCAUUCGCCAGCUACAGAACUUUUGGGCAAGCGUCGCGGCCCUCACGCGCCAAAGUGUACUCGAGAAAUAUGGCGUUUUAUCCGUUGGUCAACAGAAUAAAAGUUCGCUUGACGAGCCUUCUUGCGAGGAUGACGGUGAAGUCGUCAAUGAAGAGGAAGAAGAGGCGGACACGAAUUCUUGUGCUGCGUUUGCCGACGGCGACGUCGAACUUUGCCAGGGAGAAGAGAGUUGGCGAGGCAACGAGCUUGGAGCGGCGGCAAGUGGCAUGCUUGACGUGGAGGGUGGAAGUGAUUGGGUCAACUCUGCGGCGUCAUCGCGUGACACGGGCAAUGCCUCGUUAAAGCAAGUCAAAGCUGGCACGUCGAUGCAUACCCUCACAGCAGAUACAACUCCUCCAUCACAACUUUUUUUGCCCACGGCGAGCGCCAACAUGGAUCAAAGACCGCCGACGCAGUUGCGUAGUUGUUACACUGCGUUUGUAAGAGCGGUUGGGAAGCUGGACGGUUUACGUGCGAUGCAGCUCUAUAUGCAACGCGUAAUAACGUGCACAGCCGACGGAGGUGCAGCGGCGUUGCCAUCACACAACACUCAGUCAGAUGCUCUUCUCGGAGAAUGGGGGACAUUCAUCGAUGCUCCUAUUGAGACAUCCAAGGAAACACACCUUCCCAGCGCCCCGGCCACCUUCGCUCAGCUUCUCCAGCCUCAUCUCUGGCUUCGGCACGCUUUGUUUCUUCUGAGUUAUGCAUUCGCAGGCGCGUGCACGGAAUCAACAAAAGGUCGUCCACCCACAUCAUUGCGUGCGAAGAACUCGUCCACGCGUUAUGCGCAAGGAACCACUGCUGUUCCAUCAUCCCGCACACAGCAUACAUCAGCAAACGAGGUGGCAAAGGGUGCGACUCCCGUUGUGUCUCCGCGUCUUGCCGCCUUUCGCGUGCUUCGCAAUGGGAAACUGGCGCUCGACUCGUGGAUAUUGGCAGCUGUGGAGGAGUACACUGGUCGGUGGCAUCGCGUCAUUCAGCGUCUCGAGAUCGCCUGA